ACAGACAAAUACAUCAACUGCCAGAGUGUAGUAAACUACAACAAGUGCCUUAUGAGGACCUUGAACUACAAUCAUAGGAGUUCCAUCAGGCGGAAAACCAUCUGCAAAAAUGACAAAGGAUGCACCUAACUCUAUACAGUUCAAUAUUGAAUUCCAAUGACAAGACCUUUAUACCAUUUUCCGCUCGGUACCGCGACAGUCUGAUUCGAGUGUAGACAAUAGUUCCAUUCUCAUCAUAC